AUGGGUGAGAUCGGUACGAAUCUGCUUCGGCGGAGGAUAGCUGAACAAGCCCGCGAACAGAGCACGAUACGCGACGCAGCACUGGAGAACAAAUUUCAAAAGCUGCCCAAUCCAACGUCGCCCAGAAACGACAAACGGGUGCACAACCUGUCAUCAAAGGAGCUGACGAAGGAUCUGAUGCAGGUUUUAAGGCACGAAGCUUCAUUUAACACGACUGACGCCAAACCUGUUAACAUGAUUGCAUCAGUGGAACCUAUCCUUAGUCAGACGGAGGCAGCGGAGGAAACGAAGAGUCUCAUCCUACACCAAGUGUCGUCUCUCCUAAUGGCCCACAGGCCGCGGGAAGUGCUUUCCAAGGUCGAACGUGAUGCGCUUAGAGAGCUCAAGGCCGACAAAGACUUCGUCAUCGUGCCAGCGGACAAGGGGCGCUCCAAGGUUGUGCUGGACAGAACAGACUACCUUCAAAAAGCUUAAGGUUUACUGGAGGACCGACAGUUCUAUGUCCCAUGUGCAACGAACCCAUUAAAGGCGCUGACACGCGAAAUUAAUUCUACGUUGUUGGCCUUGGAGAACCCAGGUGCAAUAACACCGACCGACAGACGCAUGGCGAGACCCCAAGAUACGGCUUUGGCCCGAUUCUAUGGCCUCCCUAAGGUGCACAACGACGGCGCUCCUCUCCGACCCAUCGUGUCGCUCAAAGGGACUCCAACGUACGGACUGGCUAAGUGGCUGUUCCGGCGUCUCAAGUUCCUGACCGCUGAGUCAGACACCACGGUCUCUUCGUCAGCAGAAUUCCUGGAGAAACUCGAAGGGGUAAGCCUCCAUCCAAAUGAGGUCAUGGUAUCCUAUGAUGUUACUUCCCGUUGUACUUCUAUUCCCCAGGACCUUGCGAUCGAGAAAAUCGAACCGCUUCUACAAAGCAGAUACAAUGAAACGGAGAAUCGUCUUGGACGCGCCUAAGUCCUUCAGCUCCUGAAGUUCUGUCUCAGGGAGUACAUCACGUUCGACGGGACAAUCUACGAACAGGUGAAGGGCACACCAAUGGACUCGCCGAUCUCGGGAUUCAUCGCCGAGGCGGUUCUACAGCGGUUAGAGUCGCUGGUCUUCCAACACCACAAACCGAAGUUCUGGACCCAGGAUGUGGAUGAUACCUUCGUAGUUAUCGAUCGGGAUCAACUGCUGACAUUCAAGGAACGUCUGAAUGCGGUCUUCUCCGACAUACAAUUUAAGAUGGAGGAGGAAGAGAACAACCAGCUGGCCUUCCUGGAUGUCCUCGUAAGCCGCAAAGAUUGUGAUGAACUAAAAACCAAAGUGUUCAGGAAAGCGACAAAUACGAUGCAAGCACUGAACUUCAACAGUAACCACCCAAUCAGUCACAAACGCAGUUGUGUAGGGACGCUCUAUCGGCGUGUCGAAACGCACUGCAGUGAGCUGGAAGACAAAAUUGCCGAAAUACAAUACCUCCGACGGGUCUUCAAAGACAAUGGCUACCCGCGCAACUUUGUCAACCGGUGCAUACGCAAAAGGGACGAAAGGCCUAACCGCACGGACAUUAAGGUUUGGCGAGCGCUUCCAUAUGUCAAGAACAUUUCGGAAGCUGUUGGCCGCCUUCUCGCACCACUUUGGGUUGGAGUUGCACACAGACCGGAGGCAACCAUCAGGCGUCAGUUGAUGAAACCAAAAGGCCCACUGCCAGGGCAAAAAAAGUCUGGAGUCGUUUAUCGGAUCUGGUGCAGUUGCGGACAAAGCAACUACGUCGGAGAAACCGGAAGACAGCUCCGAAAGCGAAUGGCCGAACAUGCUGAAGCGGUGCGGAGAAAUGACGCCAGUCCUCAAGUUGCGGCUCAUUCGACGGGUCCCAGCCACACAUUCAAAUUUGACGAGGCCGAAAUUCUCGCAAGAGGUGACAACCGCGUGAGCCGGGAGCUGCUUGAAUCAUGGUUUACUGGCCCCCAGUCUCUUAACAAGUGCAAUGAUCUUCCCAUUCAAUACAGCGUGCUGAGACUUCGGCUAGGUGGAGUAAUUGGCCAUGCCGGGAGCGCACAUGUGAACACUUGUCCCAAAACCAGGGUCGGUACUUCAGAUGGUCGAUCAAUCAUCACACCAACAACCAACGCACGUGAUGAAAUUGCAGCAAUUAAGGACGCGAAUGUCGGCCAUCAUGCCACGUGCAACGAUCCCUGA